UGCUGUCAUUAUGAUUGAACUGGAGGAUUUAUGCACAGAGAACAAAGUCAAAGUGCCAUAAAUGACUGCUGUUCGCAAGGAAACGCCUAAUCUCACCAUCUGAUCCUCAUUGGGAGUACAACGAGGCAAUGACCAGAGGCUUUUUUCCCCACUUGACAAUCUGUCAGUAAAUACAGGGGGAGGAAAGAACUCAGUCAUGGUGGUCUUAAGACAGGGCGAUUAUGUGUGGGUGGACACUAGCGUAGGUGUGCCAAUCGGGGCUGAGGUCAGAAUCUCAGAAUCAGGCCAAAUUCACCUCAUAGAUGAUGAAGGAAAGGAGCACAAGGUCAAGAAACAGGACAGCUCCCUGAAGCACAUGCAUGCCUCAUCCAUUAAUGGCGUAGACGACAUGAUUCGGCUGGGCGACCUCAAUGAGGCUGGCCUGCUCAGGAACCUUCUGAUUCGCCACAGGGAGGGAAUCAUCUAUACAUACACAGGGUCCAUUCUAGUGGCAGUGAACCCGUACCAGCUGUUGCCACUAUACACUCUAGAGCAGGUGCAACAGUACACAAACCGCCGUCUAGGUGAGCUGCCCCCACAUGUGUUCGCCAUUGCAGACAGCUGCUUCUUUAACAUGCGCCGCAACCGCCAAGACCAGUGCUGCAUCAUCAGUGGGGAGUCUGGUGCAGGAAAGACAGAGAGCACCAAACUGAUGCUGCAGUUCCUGGCAGCAGUGAGUGGACAGCGAUCAUGGAUAGAGCAACAGAUCCUUGAAGCCAACCCCAUACUGGAAGCCUUCGGUAAUGCAAAGACCAUUCGCAAUGAUAACUCUAGUCGAUUUGGGAAAUACAUCGAUAUCCACUUCAGUAAGGGGGGAUCCAUUGAAGGAGCCCGCAUUGAGCAGUACCUCCUGGAGAAAUCACGUGUCUGUCGACAGGCUCAAGAGGAGAGGAACUAUCACAUCUUUUACUACAUGCUGUUGGGUAUGCAGGCUGAACAGAAGAAAAUUUUGUCUCUGGGUAAUGCUGUGCAGUACAAAUACCUGACCAUGGGCAAGUCCACUUCCUGUGAGGGGCGAGAUGAUAUAAAGGAAUAUGCCCAUUUUCGCUCAGCCAUGAAGAUCUUGACAUUCACAGAGAACGAGUCCUGGGAAAUUCACAAGCUGCUUGCUGCCAUCCUCCACCUAGGCAACAUGGACUUUGAGGCCACCAUUUCAAAAAAUCUGGAAGGCUGUGAGAUUAUCACCUCUACCCAUUUCACCAUGGCUGCUCAGUUGUUGGAGGUGGACAUAAAGGUUCUAGAUGUAAGUUUGACUCAGAGGUCCUUCAUGACUAACAGAGAGAGUGUAUCUAAACCUCUUUCCACAGACCAAGCAAGUUAUGGCAGGGAUGCCUUUGUAAAGGCCAUCUAUGGAAGAUUGUUCGUGUGGAUUGUGGAGAAAAUCAAUAGUGCCAUCUACAAGCCAUCCUCUGAGGAGUCCAACGAUACCCGUCACUCAAUAGGCUUGCUGGACAUCUUUGGAUUUGAAAACUUUGAGCAAAACAGUUUUGAACAGCUGUGCAUUAACUUUGCCAAUGAGCAACUACAGCAGUUCUUUGUGAAGCAUGUCUUUAAGAUGGAGCAGGAGGAGUACACCAACGAGAACAUUGUGUGGAAACACAUCGACUACAUCGAUAACCAGGGCACCCUUGAUGUGCUGGCCAGCAAACCUCUCAACAUUCUUUCUCUUAUUGAUGAGGAGAGUCAUUUUCCUAAGGGCACAGAUACCACCUUGCUGCAAAAGAUGCAAAAGUGUCAUGACAAGAGCAAAGUCUACAUUCCGCCUAAGAACAAUCAUGAAAUGAAUUUUGGAAUCAAUCAUUUUGCUGGGCCAGUUUAUUAUGACUCAAAAGGUUUUCUGGAAAAGAACAGGGAUGCUCUUAGUUCAGAUCUCAUCAUGUUGGUGGACACAUCUACCAAUAAGCUGCUCAAACAGAUCUUCCACAGUGAUCUCUCCACCAAUGGAAAGAACAGUGCCAACCCCAAAAUGGUGAUGACCUCCAUGAGUUCAUUGCGGCAAAUGACAGACACUAAGAAGCGAGUGCCCACUUUAUGUGGACAGUUUCGUCAGUCUCUGGACUCCCUGAUGAAAACUCUGACUGCAUGCCAGCCUUACUUCAUUCGCUGCAUCAAACCGAAUGACUUUAAGAAACCCAUGCUGUUUGACAGAGAGUUGUGUCUGCGUCAGCUGCGCUACUCGGGCAUGAUGGAGACCAUUCGCAUCAGGAAAGCUGGUUACCCGAUCCGUCACACCUUCCAGCAAUUUCUGGAUCGCUAUCGUGUCCUACUCAACUCCGUCAUCUGUGACCCAAAAACGGAGAGUGCCAAGGCAUGCAGUGAGAGUAUUUGUAAGAAUGUGCUCAGUGCUGGUGAUGACUGGAAAAUUGGCAAAACCAAAGUGUUUUUGAAGGAUUUCCAUGAUACCAUGUUGGAGCUGAAACGGGACAAGGCCUUGAACGAGAAGGCGCUUGUUAUCCAGAAAGUCCUGAGAGGAUACAAGCACAGGAAACAGUUUCUUAAACAAAGGUCUGCAGCUGUGGUUGUGCAGAAGUACUGGCGUGGACACAAAGGCAGAAAACUCUAUAAAGUGGUCCAGUUGGGAUAUGCUCGUCUUCAGGCCACUGUGCGCUCUCGUCAGUUAGCUCGCCAGUACGAACUGGAGCGUAAGGCCACCUUGCUGCUGCAGGCGCAGAUCCAUACCUACUUUGCCAGGAAGGAAUGGAAGCGAAAGAGAGCUGCUGUUAUCCUCUUACAGGCUCAUGUCAGAGGCAUGCAUUCCCGGAAAGCAGUUCAGAAGAUGAAGAACGAUGCCUUUUUGUCACUGCAGGAUCGCAGGGCAGAAGAGUUGGCUUCUCUGCAGAGACAGAAGAAGCUAGAGGACAUCCUCCGUCAGAAGAGAGAGAAAGAGGCUGCCGAACAGUCUGAGUUAAUCAAUGAUCAGGAAAUGGUGGACACAAUCUUUGGCUUCCUGCCCAAUAUGGUGGGAGGGCAGGAGGGCCAGGCACCUUCAGGCUUUGAGGAUUUAGAUGGAAAACGGACUAUGUUGGAGGAAGUCGACCUUGAUGAUGCUCCUAUGGUGGAAGAGCUUCCUGAGGAAGACUAUGAUGAUCUAGAUGAGUACUCAUUUUCCAAGUUUGCAUCUAUGUACUUCCAGGGUGCUGCUACACCCACUCAUGUGCGCCAGAGGCUGCGCCAACCACUGCUGUACCAUGAAGAGGAAAAUGAUGUGGUGGCUUCUCUAACAGUGUGGUGGAUCAUCUUGAGGUUUAUGGGAGAUCUUCCUGAACCAAAAGCUCAGAAAGUCCCAACAAGCAGAUCAGCGAUUGCUGAUUACUCUCUACAGCAAGAUGUGGUGUCCAGGAAAGACAGACGUCUCAGCCACAUGGUUGGACUGGACCAGAAACUAUUGAGAAACAAAAGGAAAGACUCUUCAGCCCCAGAAGUGCUGCCUCAGAACAGAAAGCAAUCAACAGAUCUGCUGCCAGGAAAAAGGAAAACAUCAACCCUGACAGAGGAAGUUGUUCGAACCAGGAAACCUUCCUCCAUACCAUCAGAAGGUCCCAAAAACAGGAAGUCCUCUACUUUUGCUGAUCUGCUGACCCGGAACAGAAAGACCUCCACCAUCCCUGAACAAGGGUCAUCAAAUAGAAAGGCUUCCCGAAAACCAUCCAUCAUUGAGGAGGAGCCAGAGGAUGGCACUGAGGUUUCCAAACCACCCACUGUACAAACUAUUACCGAGGAAGAAGAGAACAUGAUUGAGGAAGGGUUCACCUUGGACCGUCCACUCACAUCUCUUGAAAAGUUGCAUAUCAUUGUAGGAUAUGGUAUUGUCAGACGUGACCUCAGAGAUGAAAUCUACUGUCAGAUUUGUAAGCAACUCCAAGAGAAUGGGAAUCGCAGCAGCUUCUACCGAGGUUGGAUCCUUCUUUCUCUUUGCCUGGGCAUCUUCCCUCCCACUGAGCACUUCAUUAAGUACCUGCAAAGCUUCAUUCGUCUUGGGCCUGUUGGAUAUGCUCCAUACUGUGCAGAAAGACUGAGGCGCACUGUGGCCAAUGGUGUGCGUGGAGAGCCUCCAAGCUGGCUUGAGCUACAGGCAACCAAGACUAAGAAACCCAUGGCCAUCUCUGUGACUCUUAUGGAUGGACGAACUCUCAGUCUGCCUGUGGACUCGGCAUCUACUUCUAAAGAAGUCUGUCAGAUUCUCUCACAGAAAAUUAAACUACAAGACACAUUUGGCUUCUCUCUUUAUAUGGCUGUUUAUGACAAGGUAUGGUCUCUCGGCAGUGGACAUGAGCAUGUGAUGGAUGCUAUAUCACAGUGUGAGCAGGAGGUGAGGAGGAAGGGUGGGCAAGAGCAACAUGCCCCCUGGCGUCUCUACUUCCGCAAAGAGAUCUUCACCCCCUGGCAUGACUGCAACCUGGACAGCAUCAGCACAGACCUCAUCUACAGACAGGUCAUUAGAGGACUGAAGUAUGGCGAGUACCACCGUGAGAAGGAGGAUGUAGUUGUCCAGUUGGCGGCGAAGCAUUUCUUUGUGCAGUAUAACUCAGACGACAGUAUAGAGAAGGCAAAGAGUGUUGUUCAGGAUUGUGUUACCUCUAAGCUACUGGAAGAUAAGUCAGAGACCAAAUGGAUUCAGAUGGUUCACACAGCACAUGUUCAGGGUCCAUAUAUAAAUUCAAAGACCAAAGUUGAUCACGUAAAAGCAGAAGUGGUGGACUUUGCACGGCAGAAGUGGCCAAUGUUCUUCUCAAAGUUCUUUGAGGCUUCCAGGAUUUCAGGUCCUUCCCUACCCAAGAACAAAUUUAUCAUAGCUAUCAACUGGACCGGAAUAACCUUCCUGGAUGAACGUGAGAGGAAGUUUCUAGAACUCUCCUUCCCAAUGGUGAAUGCCAUAAACACCAAGAGAAGCCAGUCUGUGUGUCUGUUUACUCUGAAAGGAGACUUCACGCUAAAUGCUAUCCAUGCUGCAGACAUUGUUGAUCUGGUGGUUCUGUUCCAGGCUGGCCUGACAGAGAGGUCUCAGUAUGCUGUGGCUCUGCAGGAGGUCAACAGGCAAGAUGAUCCUACCUUUCUUAGUUUCAAAAAAGCAGAGCUUAUCCUCCUUAUUAAAGACAGUGAAUUUUCUGCAAACCAUGGCUGGGUGAAGGGACAGAAUGAGCGAACUGGACAAAAGGGGGCAGUACCUACAGAUGCCAUCUACAUUCUACCUACUUCGACUAAACCCAGUAAUGAACUCUUGAGUUUGCUCAGCAUGUCCCCAGAUCAGAGAAAGAAUAUGAUUAACGACACUCUCAAAGGAACCAUUACAGACAGAGUACCUCCUGCGACACUUAAAGACUUCUCCAUUGAGUACUUCAGACCUCCCACUAAAGAUGUGAACAGGCAGGUGAUUUCUAAAAAUGCGCCACCUGAAAGGCUAUGGGCAAACUCCAGGGAGCCCAUCAGACAGCCCCUGCUUAAGAGACUGCUGGGGAACCCAGAGCUCAGCCAUCAGGCCUGCCAGGCCUUCACUGCAAUCCUCAAGUACAUGGGUGACUAUCCUACCAGACAAAUUCAGAGUCCACUGGAGCUCACAGACCAAAUCUUUGAACCAGCCACUCAGAAUGAAGCACUCAGAGAUGAGAUCUACUGCCAGAUCAUGAAGCAAAUGACAAGCAAUAACAACCGGCACAGCAUGGAUCAGGGUUGGCAGUUGCUGUGGCUGUGUUGUGGUCUGUUCCCCCCCAGUAAUUCAUUGCUGAAACAUGCCCAGCGCUUUCUGGACACCCGGCGGCGGGAGGCACUGGCCUCUGAUUGCCUACGUAGACUGCAGGGUGCUCUGAGAAUGGAACCUAGGCAGCUACCGCCUCACCAGAUCGAGUUGGACGCCAUUCAACAGAACCGUGUUAAGAUCUUCCACAAAGUCUUUUUCCCUAAUGACACAGAGGAGUUAUUUGAAGUCGCAACUAACACCAAGAACCGAGAUCUGAUCAAAACUAUCACCUCUAAACUCGGGCUGAUCUCAGACGAUGGCUUCAGCAUCUUUGUAAAAACACCAGACAAGGUUCUGAGUUUGAAUGAGGCAGAAUACUUCCUCGACAGUCUGAGAAAGAUGACCGACUGGUCCAGAAAAACUAAGAUGGUGAAGGAUGGAGGACCAGUGAACAUUUCAUACCAGGUGUAUUUCAUGAGGAAAUUGUGGUUCAACGUAAUCCCUGGCAGAGAUCAGGAAGCAGAUUGUAUCUUCCACUAUCCCCAGGAGUUGCCCAAGUAUCUGCGUGGGUACCACCACUGCACUAAAGAGGAAAUGGUGCAGCUGGCCGCUCUCCUCUUCAGGGUGAAAGUGGAAAAUGAUAAGACUCAGUUAGUCAUGAUCACUAAGAUGCUGAAAGAGCUUGUGCCCAAUGAUCAGCUAAAAGCCAUGUCAGCUGAGGACUGGAAAAAGAGUAUUACUGCUGCUUACAACAAACAGGGAAACAUGACAGCGGACGACGCCAAGGUAGCCUUCCUGAAGGUCAUCUUUAAGUGGCCCACAUUUGGCUGUGCCUUCUUUGAAGUGAAGCAAACAUCUGAACCCAACUUCCCUAACAUUGUGAGGCUUGCCAUCAGCAAACAGGGGGUUACAAUCAUACAUCCUAAAACCAAGGAUGUCCUAGCGAAACACCCAUUGAAUAUGAUUGCAAACUGGUGCAGUGGGAGCACAUACUUCCACAUGACUAUAGGCAAUUUGGUCAAAGGAAACAAGAUUCUGUGUGAAACCUCCCUGGGCUACAAAAUUGAUGAUUUGUUGACAUCCUAUGCCACCAUGUAUCUGAACGAGAGAAGAGCACCAAGAGCGAGGAAUCACCGCAUGAACUGAACCCUGAUGUGACCUGGAAAAAUUAUGAAAUUAUUUUAUUCUGCCUUUAAACAUACACACUUUCACUUCCAAUCUUUAUAUUUGCCACAUAGGAUCAUACAUUAUGUACUUAAACAAGCUUGAUAUGAAUAUUAAGUGAUAUGUUCAGUAAUUAAAAUCCUCUUACUGCGUAUGAUUUAAGAUCUUUCAGAUUCGCCUUUUCCUCUUCCGGUUAUUGGUAAGAUGUUUAAAGUGAAUCUGUUGUUCUUUUUCAAAAAUCAUUUAUUUAUUUAUUUCCAAAUGAAAAGAACAAUGUAUUGCUAUACUUUAUGUCACUCCCAAAAUCGGCUCUUAAGAUAUAACAUCAUUUAAAUUUGCUUAGACCAUGAAUAUAUAAUACAGUACUAUGAAAUAGUGAUUAUUUGUUUCCUAAACUAGCGGUUUGUAUAAAUGUAUUUGCACUUUUAUCUUAAUGAAAGAGUUGCUUUAGUAAAAAUGGCCAAAUAAAAAGAACAUGACUCAAUGCUUAUUGCUUAUAUUAACUCUUAUUUAUAGGAUCAUACACCAAGUGAAGGAUCAUUCAGAGUGAUGUCUGGGGAGUUUAUUUAACUUAUUGUGUAUUCAAAAAUAAAACUUUAUUAUUAACAGUG